CAAAAAGAAAUUCGCCUCGCGAGAUCACGCGUAACAUCCUUUCCUGACGGCCAUUCCUCAAAGCAGGCCUAAACAUGACGAACACAAAGGGAUACAGGCGCGGUACGCGUUACAUGUUCUCGAAGAAAUUCAAGAAACAUGGAGUUAUCCCACUGUCAACCUAUAUGAAGAUUUACAAGAGAGGGGACAUUGUGGAUAUUAAGGGAGACGGUGCUGUUCAGAAGGGAAUGCCGCAUAAGUUCUACCAUGGGAAGACAGGCAGAAUCUUCAAUGUCACGCCCCAUGCUGUUGGUGUAAUUGUCAACAAGCAGAUUGGUAACCGCAUCAUCCCCAAGAGGAUCAACGUGCGAGUGGAGCAUGUUAAACACUCCAACUGCAGACUCGACUUCCUCAAGCGUGCUGCAGAGAACGACCGUGCCAAGAGGGAGGCCAAGACCACUGGCAUCAGGAUCGAGUCCAAGAGACAGCCCAAGCAGCCCCGAACUGCCCACUUUGUGAGGACACGCUACAACAAGCCCCAGCUGGUGGUACCGAUCCCAUACGAGAUCAUGGCCUAAUAUAACUGCGUGAAAUAAAAAAAUAUGAAAAUUA